UACCAGACCGCCUUGCUCAGUCAUCAGAAAAUCCCAAAACAAUGGGAGGAGGUCAGAGGCGGACUUCCACCGAGGACCAAACGGCGCCGUCGUCUUCAAUCUGGUCACAUUUCUGGUCAUCUGCCACCAGAACGAAGCCCAUAUCCGACUCCGGCAUCCGUACCGGCUCCGGCGAUGGCCUCGUUCGCAGCCUCGGCAUGUUUGACCUCAUACUCCUCGGCGUCGGCGCCUCCAUUGGCGCCGGGAUUUUCGUCGUCACUGGAACCGUCGCCCGCGACGUCGGCCCCGGAGUAACUGUUAGUUUCAUUCUUGCGGGAGCGUCUUGUGUGUUAAAUGCGCUCUGUUAUGCGGAGCUAGCUUCUCGUUUUCCUGCCGUUGUUGGGGGAGCAUACCUGUACACAUACACAGCAUUCAAUGAGCUGACUGCUUUCCUGGUCUUUGGACAACUUAUGCUUGACUAUCAUAUUGGGGCGGCGAGCAUAGCUCGAAGCUUGGCAAGCUAUGUAGUGACAAUUCUAGAGCUUUUCCCGAUUUUUAAGGAAAACAUUCCGGACUGGAUUGGACAUGGAGGCCAACACUACCUUGGGGGAGCUAUAUCACUCAAUCUCUUAGCUCCGAUUCUCCUUGCACUUCUUACUAUAAUUCUUUGUCGGGGAGUUGGAGAAUCCUCUGUUGUAAACUCGUUCAUGACUGCUACAAAGGUGAUCAUCGUUCUUAUCGUCAUCUUUGCCGGUGCUUUUGAGGUUGAUGUUUCAAAUUGGACUCCUUUUGCCCCAAAUGGUUUUAAAACAGUAUUGACUGGGGCAACAGUGGUAUUCUUUGCAUAUGUUGGAUUUGAUGCAGUUGCUAAUUCAGCUGAAGAAUCAAAGAGACCACAGCGGGACUUGCCAAUAGGCAUCAUAGGCAGCCUUCUUAUAUGUGUUAUAUUGUAUAUCGGUGUCUGUUUGGUGAUCACUGGAAUGGUACCAUAUAAGUUCCUUGGGGAAGAUGCUCCCUUAGCUGAUGCUUUUAAUUCCAAGGGGUUGAAGUUUGUUGCCAUCUUAAUCAGUGUGGGUGCUGUUGCUGGACUUACGACUACCCUUCUAGUCGGUCUGUAUGUUCAGUCUCGAUUAUAUCUUGGGCUUGGAAGAGAUGGUUUACUGCCUUCAGUGUUUGCUAGAGUACACUCAAGACGCAGAACUCCCAUUCAUUCUCAGGUGUGGGUUGGUAUUGUUGCUGGCAUUCUGGCAGGAUUGUUUAAUGUGCAUAUUCUCUCGCACAUCCUUUCAGUUGGCGCAUUGACAGGCUACUCUGUUGUUGCUGCAUCCGUGGUUGCUCUUCGUUUAAAAGAUAAGGCAUCAAGUCAGGUGUCAUCUACGUCCUGGAAGGAAGGUGUCACCUGCUUAUUCAUAGUUGCAUGCAGUGGAUUUGGUGCUGGAGUCUUCUACAGAUUCAACACUUCAUUUAUUUUUAUGGUCAUAGCUGUGAUUGUGGCAAUACUUGCUUCGUGUGCUCUUUGUUUUCGCCAAACUUAUGCCGAUAUGCCAGGGUUUUCAUGUCCUGGAGUUCCAAUAGUUCCAACUGUAUGCAUCUUCUUCAACAUGUUUCUAUUUGCUCAGUUACACCAUGAAGCCUGGGUGAGAUUUGUCAUACUCAGCAUCAUUACAGUUGGUAUUUAUGCGUUUUAUGGACAAUACCAUGCUGACCCAUCUGCAGACGAGACUAUCAUUUAUCAUAGGGCACCAGAAGAAGACUCUCGGUAAAUUGUUUCUUCUGUAAUGCUCCCUACAUUUAGGUGGACUUGUUACCUGUUGCAGUGUUGUAGUAUAUGUAUUUAGCUGUUCCACAUUAGGUUCUAGUAAAUGUAUCAUAUAUUCAUAACCCAUUCAUUUUCCAAACUACUUUGUUGGAAAAUAAAACAUAACAAUAUUCAUUUAGAGGUCCUGAAAGAAGAAAUACAUGUUAUUGAUUGUAUCCUUGAGCAACCACGAGCAUUAUCUUGCUUGAGGCUGUAACACAUGUAUAAUCAUAUUAAUGCAAAUAGUUGAGCUUUGUACAAUCUUGAUGUGCAUUUGUGAUUGAUUUUAACUUCUAUUAGUGCUGUAAAUUGUACCAGCUGACUUUCGUGUGCAUUGAUUCUUUUGGAAAACAAUUUUGAUUGCUGUGGCUGGGGUUACUCCUUGGAUAGAGUGCCAGUGAUAGCAUUCACCUUGCAUUUUUGGAGUUUUCUUCCCAAAAUAAAUAGUAUAAUUCUCAUCCCUGCUGGGAUUGAAGGACUUCUUCCGAGUUACAAAGCAAUUAUUGGUAGAUGUAACCUGGUGUUGUGAUUGAAUUGUCCU